GAGCUGAACAUACCGACCAUCAGGUUUGGGGUAUUUUGGUGUAAAGGUGGGCGAGGUGAAGGACAAGAGGAAGCUAACACUGUCAAACAUGGCUUUAUUUCAUUGUCCCAACAGCCGUUAAGAACAUCGUUACCUGGGCCCACAGGGAUGAAUUUCUCCCCGAGUGCAGCUGUGACUCCUGUUUCUCUACCUUGGGGUACCCCCAAGCAAAAGAACGGGUUUGCUGCUGGGUUGCUCACAGAAAUGUUGCAAAAAGGUUUUUUUUUUUAAAUAGUAUAUAUUUUUUCUUCACUGCUCUGUCAGACUGGGAUAGAAUUGGACAGAUUCCAACUCUUUUCAGCUCUGCGAGAUGCUCUGGGAAGUGUGGCAGCCCCUCGUCCCGCAUCCCUGCGGGAGGAGGAUGCUGGGGGAGGAAGGCUAAUCCCCAUGAGAAGGGUGUGUGGGAUGAUACCAGGAGUCAUGCUGGAGAAGAGCUGGGAUAAAACUUGCUCUGGGGUCUCUCCCCGGCUGGGACUGGGGGUAUUUUGGAGCCAAUGCCAAAAAAUAACUAAAUCCCAGUAGCAAUUUUUUUUUUUUUUGCUUAAAAGCGAUACUUUGCGCUCUUGCUUUUGUGGUUUUGGCUGAAUCCGGGCUGAAGUGCUGCUUUUGGGGCAGGAGCUGAUCACUUCACCCACCCUUCUGUUCGUUCAAGGUCUUUGGCAAUAGAAGUACCCCUUCAAGGGGUGAACGUGGGGUUGGUGGCUUGAGACGCAGAGGUGAGCUCUGCUCUGACCCAACGGCGCUGAGGUGCUGCCUGGGAAGGACGUCACGCAGGGACGCGUGAGGGCAGGCAGCGCCCAGAGCAGCCUGGGGGAGGCCAAGAAGGGCUGGAGCCACGCUGCGGGAUAGCUUCAAGCAGCCAAAAUUAGCCCAAAGCCCAUCCACCCGCAGCUCUUUCCAGCAUCUCGCCCCCCCGCAAUAAUGCCAAGGUCCAGAGAUUUGUCCUUGCCGUGGCUUUUCUUGGCAUCUCGGUGCUUUUGGAGGCAGCCCUGAUUUUCAAGCUUCCUUCCGUGCGAUUGCAAAAAGGCACCGCGGGGCAGAGCCAGCCUGGGAGAUAAUUGGGCAGCCGGCGUAUAAAAUAAGCAACAAGGGGAAAAAAAGAACUAGGAAUAAACGUGGGUUUCUUGUUUGCCCGUCAGUGUCCGGUUCGGACUGCACACGCGCUUCCGACCGCAAGCGCUGGGAUUUAGCACCCCGGGUGCGAAGGCGCGAUGGGACGUGCUCACGUCUGCACGGGGACGCCGUGUCGCGGGUAGGGCUGUGACUACAGCGACCUGUGUGCUGUCAGAAGUAGUUCUCGGGGGGGGAAAAAGCCUUAUUGCAAGGCAGCCUGGGCUCCUCAUGCGCAUUUAGGACCUUCCAGAGAGGUCAUUCAGCACGUCAGUGGGGUUAGUGCUGCCUGGCCCUGGCAUGGCUGAGGGGUCUGAGGCCACCAGUUACCAGAUUUUUUUGGCAAAACCCCCAUUUUUUUUUUUCCUACUAUAUCCAGUGCCUGCUUUUCCAUUGAUGUGCAGCAAACCUCAUCUGGAAACCCUCCUGCAUGGCUUCCAGCUGGGAGCCUUGCCGCGGGGGGUUUGGGUUGUCACCCCUCCACAGCGGAGCCACGGGGCGAGACCUGCCGGCGCUCCCCAACCCACUUCGGUGCAAGAUCCUUGGGUGUCUCACGGGCCACGCGGAGCCAGCUGGCUUUGCCCUGCAGCAGAUGGGGAGCAGGAGGGAGGUGGGCUCUGUGGGCUGGAGAUGGCUCUCCUGAGCUGAGGAAUCCAGACAUGCCAGACUGGGCUUUUUUAGGGGGCUACAGCUGAGACUGAUCUUAUGCCGGGUGACGUGGUCCCUGCCUGGGGUUGCUGAUGUCCUUUUUGUGCUCUCCCACAGGACGGCGAGGUGACCACCACAUGCCAGCUGCCGCUGCCUCGCGCUGAGACACCCACCAGCACCACCAACAGUGACAACAGGGCUGAGGCCGGUUGUGCUGCAGGGCGCUUUCCCCCCCCGAAGGUCUCCGGUUAUGCGGUGAAGACCCGUAGCUCAGACGCACCUUUUUUUUCCUGGCUGUGAAAGGUUAUAACUGAGUAGCCCUUAUGACCAACAUGAGCUGGAGCUUUCUAACCCGCCUGCUAGAAGAGAUUCACAAUCAUUCCACCUUCGUGGGGAAGGUCUGGCUCACCGUGCUCAUCGUCUUCCGCAUUGUCUUGACAGCGGUGGGAGGGGAGUCCAUCUACUCCGAUGAGCAGAGCAAGUUCACCUGUAACACCAAGCAGCCCGGCUGCGACAACGUGUGUUACGAUGCCUUCGCGCCGCUGUCACACGUCAGGUUUUGGGUCUUCCAGAUCAUCAUGAUAUCCACCCCUUCGGUCAUGUACCUGGGCUACGCCAUCCACAGGAUCGCCCGGUCGGCAGAGGAGGAGAAGAAGUUCAAGGGAUUCAAGAAGAAGAAGCAGUUUGCUUUGAACUGGCAGGCAGUGCGCAACAUGGAGGACCCGAUGGAGGCCGACGAAGAGGAGCCCAUGAUCUCUGAUGAUGCAGCAGAACACGAGAAGGCCAAAGCCAAGCCCAAGAGCAAAGAGCAACAAAAGCACGAUGGGAGGAGGCGAAUCCAGCAAGAAGGACUGAUGAAAAUCUAUGUCUUCCAGCUACUUACCAGAGCUUCGUUUGAAGUUUGCUUUUUGAUAGGGCAGUAUUUGCUCUAUGGUUUUGAGGUAGAAGCCUAUUACGUCUGCAACAGAGUCCCUUGCCCUCACACUGUGGACUGCUUUGUGUCCCGGCCAACAGAGAAGACCAUCUUUCUCCUGGUGAUGUACGUCGUGAGCUGCCUGUGCUUGUUGCUGAACAUGUGUGAGAUGUUUCACCUGGGGUUUGGGACCAUCCGAGAUGCCAUUCGCAACCGGAAAAUCAACAGCUUUAGGCAGCCUCCCUACAACUACGCCUACCCAAAGAACAUCUCCUGCCCUCCUGAGUACAACCUGGUAGUGAAAUCAGAGAAGCCCACCAAGAUCCCCAACAGCUUGAUGGCUCAUGAGCAGAACUUGGCUAACGUCGCUCAGGAGCAGCAGUGCACCAGCCCGGAUGAGAACCUCCCGGCAGACUUGUCCACCCUUCACAAACACUUGAGAGUGGCCCAGGAGCAGUUAGACAUAGCGUUUCAGAGCUACAGCAGCACCCAGGCCAACACGCAACCUUCUCGAACCAGCAGUCCCGCCUCGGGUGGCACGGUGGUAGAGCAGAACAGGGCCAACACGGCCCAGGAGAAACAAGGUGCUAAACCCAAGGCCUCCUUGGAGAAAGGGAGCUCAAGCAGUAAAGAUGGAAAGACGUCUGUAUGGAUAUAGCUUCGUCUAAAAGGAGAGAGGGUAGCGUAAGUGGGGGUCUUAUUUUGGUUUGUUUCUGGUUUUCGGUAUUGUCUCGCGCUUGUUUCACAGGGCACAGGCACAAUUUUUAUAUGGAAGUCAGGAGAGAAAAGGAGUUCCCAAGCAAUUUACUGCUGUCUUCCCGUGCAUUCGCAAAAGACGUUUCUUUCCUGUUUCCAACAUGUUCUCCAGUUGGGAACCUCCAGUGAGCAAUAGCAACCCCCCCCCCCGCCCCGCAUCUUCCACCCCUUCGGUCGCCACCGGGGCCCCCAACAGAGACUGGACAAUGCGCUGUGAUGGGAAGCGGAGCUGCUGGUGGCUCAGGAGAGAAGUCAGGCUGACAGCGAGCAGCUCUGCUCCUGCGUGGCGAGGCUGGAGUGCUGUAGGUCAGGCAGUGUUUAAUUACUAAAUAUCCUUAAUCAAAAUUAAUUUCUGAUCCCUCAAUAAGAAAACAACUGACAUAUUGCAUGAACCUUCAUGACACGCUUACAGCUGCUGUCCUGCCUGAGUUGUUACGUGCUCUAGCAGGCAUCGCUGGAAACGAAGGCAUCAUUCGAUGCUGCGAGCCACGAGCUGGCACCCACAUCAGGUUACGGGGCAGAAACGCAGCGACUGUCUUACACAGGGAGACCUAAAAGCGUAGCACAGCGCUGAAGGUUUUUGUCUUUUACUCCUGCGCAUCGAAGCGAAAAGCAAACACGCCCAAACGCUACGCAGCAGGAGCGAGCAGUGACAUCACGUCGUACCAGUGCCUGUGUAGCCUUGCUACAGCUGUGAUGGGAAUCGUUGCAGUCACAGAGUUUUUCACAAACUGCUGCUUCACAUCAUCAGAAAGUGCCUUUAUGCAACCAGGAAAACAAAAUCGUAAAGGGUUUAGACUUCUUUAUUUGCUAAGUAUUAGCAGAGGUUGGAAGAUCAGCGGCGGCAAAUUAGUUUUUUUGUUUAAUCAAACCCUUACAAAUAGUGGCAGACGGCAGGUCUAUGCGUAGCGUGUAUGUGAUGUGUGUGUGUACGUGUACGUAUAUAUACAGACACAUAUGAACGUGUGUGUGUGAAUAUAGACAUAGAGAUAUAUAUAUAAAUGUAAUAUCAACCCUCUGGUAAUUUUACAGCCUUCCACCUCCCCUGGGAAAACCCGGCUGGUCCAGGACUAUGGCUGAUCCCAUCCUGGAGCAGUCCUUGGGCUGCUAGCCUCCAGCAUCCCCUGGGGAACUGGCAGGGUUCACACACUCGCUUGAGGGGCUUAGCAGAAGAUCUGGCUUCAGUGGGGACAGGACCAGGACAGUACCAGGAAGUUUUUCACUAGUUUAUGGGGAGCUUUUUGAGCUUGGCUUGGUUUUAGGGUGGUUCUCAUGCAGCUACAGGAGUCUGGGGCAUGUUAAAACCAAGCUGCUCUGCUCCAAGGCUCCUGCUAGUGCUGAGGAUGUGCGUUGUCAGGGUGGUUUCAUCCCACAUCUCUUGCACAGCUGUGAGGCUGCGGCUUUGUUCCCCUCCAGUAACAUAAACAAGAAAAAACCUCAUCACUGGGUGCACAGGAAGCACCUCCUGCCAAAUGGUAGAGGCUGAAACCAGCCGCUGCCCCACUGUGCCACGUCUCAGAGCAGGUCUCAUCCCUGAGGUGUGCCCAAGAUGCCUGUGGCUUGGCAGAUGCUCUCGCAACCUCCCAGGAGUCCAACGGUUGAUUCACCCCUGUGGACAACUCAAUUAGGCAGAGCCUUCAAGAUCAAACCUAACGCAAAAGAAGUAAAUCCUCACCAAACACAGCACUGUCCCUCUGCCAAGCUUUUCCCUCGGGGCCGUGCCAGCCACCAAAAGUCACAUGCAGGUCCCCAUGCCAGUAUUCCUUAUCCAUUGGAUCUACAUGACUUCUUGCUGGGCAUCUUUUUCGUGCCCCUGAGAUUGGUCUCUGGAAGCCCCGAGGAUGCCUGUGCCCCAGGCGGCCAGGCCCUUUGGCCAGUAUGAAACACCUGGGUAUGGCCUGCAGCCUGGUAACUUCAACUGAGCUGUGCCAUGCCGGUGCUGGCAGCAAAAAGUAGGUUUAGAAAGAAAGCAAAUAAAUAUCCUAUGAGGUAUCCAGCUACAAAUAUUUCAGUAUGGCUUUGCAUAACACUCUGGGGAACACUUUCAGGCUUGUUCCUGGUCCUGCUGGUUCCUGGUCCAUCAGUAAAAUGUGUGGAGCUCUGCCCGCUCUCCCUGCUAGAGAUCUUCCCCUUGAAAAUGGACAGCCACAUCCUGGAGGAGGAUGAAUGCAUCCCCACACCAGCAACGGGCAGGAGUAACACACAUCUGUCAUGUGAUGGGAUGGCCUUUCUGCUGUGAAUUUUGCAUGAAAGGUUCAGAAAAUUCACACCACAGUGGUGGGGAGACAAACAUAUCCAACUGCGCUGUUGGUCCUUGUCCCACAUGCGGGAAUGCGUUCUCCUCCUGGGCUGGGGCUGCGCCAGGCAAUGCAGGAGAGGCUGGUUGCUGAUGGUGGUGCUAUCAUGAAGGUAAAUGCACACAGGUCCACAGCCCAGUGCUGCUGGGGAGAACAGCAGAGGUGCUGCUGGGUGGAAAUUUGCUCCCUAAUAAUUACAGCUGUCCAGGACACAGGCUUGUCUUCCACAUCGAUGUGACUUCUUGUUUAUGGCCAGCUUUGUGUCCCACGGGAAACAGUGUGUAUUUAAAGCCAUGACUACAAGGGAAGGAUGGAAACUCUGAGGAGGGUGAUGGUGGGAUGCUGCCUGGGUUUUUCUGAUUCUUUUGAGAUGAGCAGCAAUAUCACAGCCCUGAUAAUCUUGCCCUUCCCAUGAAAUGCUGGAAGACACUGUGCUGUGAAGGAGUCCGGAUUUUGGAUUUCUCCUGCCCAUACCAGUGACGCCUCCCUCAGUCCCAGACAUGGUUUGAGCAUUUCCUGAUGAUUCAGAUCAGCCCCUUGGCUCCCGCUGACCUGCAGAUUCACCAGCGAGUCAUCAAACGCAGGGAUGGGCAUAUACCUCCCGUGCUCUUGCUUCAGGAAACCAUCCCAGCAAACACCUCACCGUGGAAAAAGCUGGGGGGGGGGGGGCAGAUUUUAAGCCAGAAACUCCAGAACCUGGUCAAAGGGACCUGAUUUACUCAUUAAACCCAUUUUAUACAGCAGGGAUGUACCCCCAGCCCCAGUGGCGUAGUCGGUCAGUGUCUGAUGGGAGGAGAUCCCUGGGCUCUAUGGCUGCAGGUUGAGAGACACUUACAGCAACAGGGAUGGAAAGGAUGACAGAUUUUCUUGCCAAUUUGCCACCAAAUGCUUCCUUAACGGCUAACACAACCCCUGGCAUCUCUCCUCAGCACACACGGAGAACAUCUCAUGCCUUUAAUGCCUGCAGAACCUUUUGGGUGUAUCAAGACUGUUUUCAUCCUCGUCAAGUCUGCUUUAAGCUAAACAGCUCCAGUCUUGUAAACAUUUCUCCAAGGGCUGCUUUUCCAGCACGGUUUUCCUUUGUGUCUUUGAGCCACCACCAGCCAGUCCCUGUCUUCCCAGUCAGGUCAGCUUCUUGGGCCAGCUUUCCACCCUCCUCCUCGUCAUGCACCCAUCCACCACCCUGGUCCUCCUUGAAACCCCAUUUUCUGCAGGCUCGGGGAUUGCUCCUCUCUGCAGACAUGUUCUUGUAUGACCAGCACCUUCCUGCCCUCUUUAUAUUCACACCGCAGACCCGGUGUGCCAAGGGGGGUUUGAAUGAUCAGUUAGUCCUGCAUCAGAUUUGCAGCCUCCUCCCGGCUGGUGUCACCAUCACAUUUAAUAUGCACACACUGUUUUUCAUAGUGAGAGUCAAUAAUUGCAAUAUUGACGCCAGGGCAGACUCUUGGGCGACCAAUACAACCUCCUCAUCAGGCAGGGAGGCAGGGUAACCGCUCUCUCAGCCAUCCUUCCAGCCAGCCCCGCUCAUCUACGAGGCUUGAAACACUUCCUUGCAUAAAAUGCUUCGCAAAUGGAAGCUGAUCUUGCUUUCGCCUGUUUUCCAAGUGUUUUGACAGGGACAGAAGCACAAGGGCACAUUUCCAGCAGGACUGCUCUGGUGUCGUGGGCUGCUUGGGAGAGAUGCAAAGUUGCCUGCAAGGUCCCAGCCAGCCUGGAGGACACUGGUGACUCCUCUGACCCUGGGGAGGAGGGACCCCAGUCCUCCCAGGUCCCAUCUGAGCCACACACAGGAGCCAGAAUGAGUCAGAUGGCCCUAGAAAUAUAAAGGAUUAUUAUUAUGUGUAUUGGGUUGCUCACUUCCCCCUCUUCUCCUCCACUCUUUGGCCUCUAAAGCCUUUAGGAUAUUGUGUCUUUCCACUGAGUCACCACCACAAAGGCGACCGACAUACAUUAAUGCAUCUGCAGGAGCAACUCCUUUCGGGGCAGGAGCAAAAGUUCCCUUUUCUAUCAUGUCAGUUUGGGAAGGAAAAGGCUAGAGAGGCAAAAUAAGCAUAACCACAAGCAAAAGACCCACCACAACCAUUACAAAUUAAACCAGCAUCUGAAGGAAUUUCAAUUAGAAAACAGGCAGCGUUGGCCACUGAAGAAACACGAGUCGUAUAAUUAACGCUUUGUUUUGGGGUUUUUUAUGGAUUAGUAGUUUUGUUCACACACAAAACGUGUUUAGCUUUGUAGCUGAACUAAUUGUAAACAUUGACUCACUCGCUAAACUUGGUCGGUUAAAGGGCCCACACUUAUAUUUCUAUUCUUACCAUUCAGGGCCGGGAAUGUCCCCCGUAAAAGCCAGAUUACCUUGUUGCUUGCAUUGCAUUCCACUGGGAAAUACUUGAACUUAACUCAAGGCCAUAACCAGUCUGUGCUGUUACGAAGUUUCUGGGAUCGUUAUUUUUUUGUUGUCGUUCAUUUUUUUAAUGUACUAACUGUAUUUGUACUAGAAAUUUUUUGAGUAUGAGGUUGAAUCUGUAAGUAUUUUUCAGUGUAAGUGUUACAUCUGGACUGUAGUUAGAAUAUUAAACACUGGUCAAAAGAGAAAGAUGCAUCAGUCCAACUCUUCAGCUGGCUAUUCCACAUCCAUUACUAAUAAAAUGGAAUAAAACUUACAUUUUGUUA